AUGUCUGGCCCGACCAAGCCCACCAUCAUCAUUUUCCCCGGUGCCUUCCACCCAGUGUCUUGUCUUGGACCCUUCAUCAAAGCGCUCAAGGACGUUGGUUUCCCGGCCGAGGCCCACACCCUGCCCAGCGUCGGCAACCCCGACAUCGAGGCCGAGGACGAUGUCGCCUUCUUCAGAUCUGUCAUGAUGCCCCAUAUCGAGGACGGUAAAGACGUCCUCCUCGUCGUGCACUCGUACGCCGGGAUCCCGGGCGCGGGUGCCAUCGCCGGGCUCGACAAGAGCGGCCGCGAGGCGCGCGGCGCCAAGGGCGGCGUGCUCGGGAUCGCAUACCUUGCGGCCUUCGUCCCGCGCGAGGGCGAGUCGACGUACAGCAUGCUGGGAGACACUUGGCUCUGGUGGAUGAAGGAAAACGACGCGGCUGGUCUCAUUGACACGCACUCGCACCUCGAGGUCUUCUACAAGGACUGCAACCCCGUAGAGGCCGCUGCCGUCACGGCCACCCUGAAAGGCCACUCCCGCAAAGCCUUGAGCACGGGGAUCGAGAACAUCGGCUACCGCGAAGCCGGCUACGACGGCCGCCGGGCGUAUAUUCGAUGUCUCCAGGACAACGCGCUGGUAUUGGCCGCGCAGGACGCCUUCAUAGAGAAUUCUGGAGUUGCGUGGGUUGUGAAGACUCUGGAUUCGUCGCACAGUCCUUUUCUGUCGAUGCCCGCGGAAACGGCCAAGACGGUGGCGGAGCUGGCUACCGAGUUCGCGGCUGCUACGUAG